CUUUCAGUGCGAGUCUGCGAUUUACGAGUCAGCGGACACGAAAAACAAGACAAGUGGAAAAACACGUAGAGCAAGCAGAUCGAAGCGGGCGAAAAGGGGUGAAGAAGCGAGGCUUUCGCCACUUGGCGACACCCCGCGGCAGCUUGUCGCCCAGACUGCCUCAGAAGGCGAUGAACACGUAAAGCAGCAGCCACCGCAGACAAACAGAAAACAAACAUGCUGACCGCCACGACGUUGUCCCUCCUGUCGGCGGCCCUCGCCUUCAAAUCAGUCGAAAGCAAAAUCUGUGAUGGAUUUUACGCCAACGGCAUCGAGGACGACGAGAGUGGUGUCCACUGGCUGUCCUGUCCCCAGGAGGACCAGCCCUUUUACUACACGGAGUGCUGCGCCUCCAACCAGACGCUGCGAUGCUGUCCCCACGGCUCCAUCAUCAAUUACUUUGACGAACAGGUGGUCAUGAUUGUCAGCAUCAUUGUCAUCAGCCUGUGCGUUCUGCUGAUCAUCCUCACACUUGUUUGCUGCUUUUCCAGCAACUGUCCCAUGUACAAUUUCUGCAGAGUUACUUACACCCAAGGAGGCGUUGUUGCUUAUUCUACCAAAGAGGAGGAACCCCUGACCAACCCUCCAGACGAGCCCGAGCAAAAGAGCUACAUCCCCAGCUCGGCUGUAAAAAUCAAGAUGAUGGAUGAGGUUUAACUCGACCAAGUGAUUUUAGCUAUCCUAUUAAUGAUUUGAUGCGAGCACCGAUUUGUCUGCUAGUCUGCACUCACCCUCAAGUUGUAAUUUACGUUGUUGUCUCUUAGGCGCACCUUUUAUUGUUAUAUGUAUUGUACUGUUGUUAAUCCCUCCAUUUUUGAUUAGUUGUAUGCUUAAGAGCCUGCUUUCCCAGGGCUGUGACUGAGUGUCAAAAGGGCUGGACUACGAAUUUUGUUGCAGUAUUAUUUUUCUACGCUGCGAGGUUGUAUUUUUUAUACCGUGUAAUUAGUACAAAACGAUGCAUUUAUUUUCACCACCGAUUGACGAUGAUUACUUCUUAAUUUAUCUACAUACCACCCACGCACCUCUGUUGUUGAACAAUGGUUGAGAUUUUUCAGCAGGGUUCCGAGAGUAAAACCCGAGGUUUUUGGAUUUUUCAUUUCACACAGCAUAAAAUUCAAAAAUUAUCUGACCCAAAAAACAAAGUAGUGUUCGUCAAAAAUGGUUAAAACCGGGUUAAACCAGUUGAAGCCAGCCCGCCGAGGUUUUCGGAACCCUGUUUUUCAGCGGCCUUUUGUGCAUUCUGCCCUUCUGUCAGUGUUUUCCGAUACUCGACGCUAAACGUGUGUGCAUUACAAUUCUCACAAUCAAAACGAUGUUCUCGAAUCUCAAUUAUUACUGUUAGAUGUAGCCAAGUCUCAAAAUAUGGAACAAAGUGUGACAAACAAACUUAACCGCACUCACAUUUAGAGAAUAGAGCCUAUGUUUAGUUGUAGAUGAACAGCUUUUAGGCAGUUAGGAAAUUAAAAAUAAGACGUUCUGGUGAAAUUGGAAAAUAAUGUCCGUCCUGUGGGACUUCAAAAGUGUCUAAUUCUUUAUCUGGAAUCUUGUACAAAAACCUGUAGCAGCAGAAAGAAAGCCAACUGUGAGGAGUAUUUUCCUUUUAAUUUUUCUAGUAUAACUCUUUACUAGGAUUUUAAUAAUAUAUCCUGCUUUGAAAUGCAAAUAAUGGAAUGCUCCUCUUGUGUACCAAACCGAGAUUUUUAAAUAUGAAAUUUUGUGCCUCACUUUUUACUGAGCGACCAUAUUUUUAUUCUGAUAAAUAUGAUAUUAAUGUGAAAUUAGAUUUGCACUUACCGCCUUUUGAAUGUUGCAUUAUUCUGCGUAAUUUAAUAAUACAGCUGGUGUUUAAAGAUUGAAGCAUAAAUUGAUUGGAUUGCAGCCUUCUCGAUCCUUUGGCAACUUUUCCUGAUUGAAUCUGUACAAGCACAAACUGCCUUAUUUCUGAAACUACACUGACUUUGUACUUAAAUUCGCAAGACUAAUAAAAUGAAUCUGAGCAGAUUUAAAUUGAGAA